CUUCCGGGGUUAAAGGCGGCAUCGCGAAGCAGGAAGCGCAGCAGAGUCGGCAUGGCGCUCGCCUUACGAGGACGCUUGGUCGCCUUGUCAAAGGGCCUCGGUGGCCCAUGGCUUCAUCAGCUCAGCUCCAGGCCACUUGGGGUGUCAGCUUGCCUGCAUACACCAGAGGCCCCCCCAGCACGCGCGGACAGCAUCUUCAAGGUCACCAUGCUGCCAGGCGAUGGUGUAGGCCCUGAGCUUAUGACUGCGGUGAAGGAAAUCUUCAAGGCAAGCGACGUGCCUGUGGAGUUUGAGGAGUUCCACCUGAGUGAGGUGCAGAAUAUGGCCAGUGAGGAGAAACUUGACCAUGUGUUGACAUCUAUGAAGAACAACAGAGUGGCGAUCAAAGGAAAGAUCCACACACCAAUGGAGUACAAGGGAGAGCUGGCCUCCUAUGAAAUGAAACUGAGGCGGAAGCUGGACCUGUUUGCCAAUGUGGUGCAUGUGAACAGUUUGCCUGGGUACAGCACUCGCCACAACAACUUGGACCUGGUCAUCAUCCGAGAGCAGACGGAGGGGGAGUACAGCUCCUUGGAGCAUGAGAGCGUGAAGGGAGUCAUCGAGUGUCUCAAGAUCAUCACGCGAGAGAAAUCCCGGCGCAUCGCUAAGUUUGCUUUUGACUACGCCACCAAGAAGGGACGCAGCAAGGUGACGGCCGUGCACAAGGCCAACAUCAUGAAGCUGGGAGAUGGCCUCUUCUUGCAGAGUUGUGCAGAGGUGGCCGAACUCUACCCCAAGAUCAAGUAUGAAAACUUAAUCAUUGAUAACUGCUGCAUGCAGUUGGUGCAGAACCCAUACCAGUUUGAUGUGCUAGUCAUGCCUAACCUGUAUGGGAACAUCAUUGACAACCUGGCAGCUGGGCUGGUGGGCGGAGCUGGGGUUGUUCCAGGAGAGAGCUACAGUGCAGAAUACGCCGUCUUCGAGACCGGAGCCCGUCACCCCUUUGCCCAGGCGGUGGGCAGGAACAUUGCCAACCCCACAGCCAUGCUCCUGAGUGCCGCCAACAUGCUGAGGCACCUCAGCCUCGAUUACCACUCCUACAUGGUGUCUGAUGCAGUCAAGCGGGUCAUCAAGCAGGGCAAGGUACGGACCAGAGACCUGGGUGGGUACAGUACCACAGGUGACUUUGUCCGUGCUGUUGUGGACAACCUGCGAUAUCGGCCUGCAUGCUGAGGAGCCCUGAAGUGUCCGAUCCUGAUCCAACCCCCUGCCCCCCCCCAGCCUCAUCGUCCUGCAUUUACUGUAGAUCAUAUGGGUCCUUUUUUCACUCUCCAUGUAGUGCAUUAACCGUUUCUUCAUUGCUUCAAUGUUGUCAUUGUUUUUUUUCCCCCGAAAUACUUCAGGUCUGUGUUCUGUCACCCCAUAUCUUCUUGUUCUGUCACCCCAUAUCUUCUUGUUCUGUCACCCCAUAUCUUCUUGUUCUGUCACCCCAUAUCUUCUUGUUCUGUCACCCCAUAUCUUCUAAAAGCUGCCCUGUUAACUGAACAUGACAGUGUCGGUUCCAAGUUGCCUGUUGAGGUUUAUGCCACUACUUCUGGUUCCGUUAUUGUGGUCUGGCAUUUCUAUUGUGUUAUUUUAGUAUGGCUGUUUAUCAGCCAUGCUUUAUUCAGUGCAGUUCGUGUCAUGUAAUUAACUUUUCCAUCUUCAACUGCUAAAAGAUGUCCACUGUUUAUCAAUCAAAAGUUUUUUUUUUUUUUAAUGGUUUUAAAAAAAAAAAAGUUGUUACAUACGCGUAUCCAAACACAAUGGUGGUGAUAUGGUGAUAUGUUAAGUAUACAGAUUGUUGCUUAGCAGUUUAAUACUUUUACAUAUAUAUUUACAAUACACCUUUUGUAGAAGAACAGAGGGUGAAAAGAGUGCAUUUUAUACCAUUUUUUUUUUUUUUUUACUUUUAAAACUUUGUGUUUGCUUUGUGUUCAAAAUAAUGUGGGGGGUCUAUAUAGUUUGUGUAGGCUGGAGCUGUUUGGGAGAACCAUUGCUCAGUUGAUAAUGUUACUUACUUCUGUUUAGCAAAGGCUUUUAUCCAAAGUGAUGUUCAGUUGAAUAAUCAAAGAGCUGAGGGUCUUGUUCAAGGGCCUGACGGUGCCAUCACUCUACCAACCGGCUUUGGGAUGUGAACCAAAAACCUUUGCUAAACAGAAGUAAGUAACAUUAUCAACUGAGCAAUGGUUCUCCCUUACAGGCACAGCAGCCUAAAACCACACAGCGGCCCAUGUGUUUGCACUCCGGCACAGAGAAACUCUGUUCAUGGCGAAUCCCUCCAGCGACAAUCACCGUUUAUCACAGAGGCGUGAAUUGAACGUGUGUGUAUGUGCACAGAUACAUGGCGUGUGCCUUUGUAAUUCAGUGUCCCUCCACACGACAGGUGCGCACAGCAGACCUGGGGGGCUACGCGUCCUGUGACGAGUUCACUCGUGCCGUCAUCUCCAACCUGGCUGUCUAGCCGCGCACCAGCUGCCGCGGUCGUCAAACUGUUGCCUUUCAUUGUCUCUUCCUUUGAUUUUUGUCCCUCCCACUGUCUGGUUCAAACAUACCCACAGGGACACGUACUCCGUGAAGGUUUCACAUAGGAAUGCACUUCAUAAUCUGUUCACUUCAGCGCUAUGCUGUACAUGUUAGUUUUGUCAUAUUAAGGAACUUUUUUUUUUCCAAAGUAGACAACAGACAUUUCCUGCCGCUAGGUUGUAUAUUACAUAUCGCGUGAUGUAUUGUUCAACAAUAUUCAUGUCUGAGAUGCGCUGCCUAACUGGUGAAAGUUUAAUACUAAAGUUUAAUGCUGCUUGUUUAUUUUCCUAAUUGUGAUAUUCCUUUCAGCUUGGUAAAAAUAACACCAAACAGACUAGUCUAUGAUUCAAGCUGUGUGCUAUUUUUGGGUAUUUCUCUUUGGCCGGUAAGUUGCGUUCUGCUGUUAUGUGGUUUUGUCUCUCAAGUUCAUGGUUUAGAACGGUUUAAAAAGGGACGGAUACAUAUCUGUAUGCUUUAUUUUGCCCGCUGUGCCAUCUACUAUUUUCAGAUCUAAUAAACUUCACUUGCAGAA